AUGACAGUUAAAGCUGGCUCUCUACCCUACGAGUCCUCUUGGUACAAUGACUCUGCGCGCUACGAGUACCUCCGGAGCGAUCUCUUCUGGACACUCGCAGCCUUCAUCUUCGUCAAUUGCUGGUGGUCCGCCAAACAAGUCGACUCCUUCGACACAACACCUUCUGAGCAACCAACUAAACCGUCAAGAUUCUGGCUCAAAUAUCGCAUCACUUCACGCCUUUCCAAAUACAUCGUCUUUCUGCUCUGCAGCCUAAUCCUGCCAAUGCACCUCCUUCAUGGCUCUUGGGUUCUCAAGUCAGCGUGGCGAAUUACUUUUGGGCUGGUCAAUCGCACGUACCCUGCCAUGAAGCCGCGCAUCCUCGGGUUUCUCGUCUACUCGCCUCUCACUGCUAUCAUUCUACUUGGCUGGGCUGUUGUUUUGGGAUUUGGGAUUGUGAUUGUGGGAACGCAGGUUUUAUUGAUUUGCAGAUUAUGGGAGAUGACGCCUUUUGAUCUUUCUUAUGUGGAGGAGAUCAAGGACAAGGGUGAAGGAGAAGGGGAUUGGCAAGAGAUCAAACAAGAUGACAGCGAUUCAAAGAAGGAUAAGUAG